AUGCCGUCCAACAACAAGAAGAAAAAGAAGACCCCAUCCAACCCAGCUCGAGGCUUUGCAACAGUCUCCGUCCCCUCGAAGCCCAAGCCCGAUAGCACUGCCGACACUCCCGCCACAACUGCUGUCGACUCGCCAGCGACAUCCCAGACAGACACGCAAGUCUCACAUCCGGACAAUGGCUCAACUGCUGAGGUUAACCCAGAGCAAUCCAAGGCCGGCCCUGCACUGCACAAUUACACCCCGGAGGAGCUGGAGAAACAUCUGGAAGAAGCAGAACUGCAGAUCUUUGUUGAUAAAUACUCGGCCAAGUGCAAAGGCGAUGCUGCGCGUCAAGCGAGCAAGUUGGAGACUGAAAAACGAGUUCUUCGGCAGCAAGCAGUUUCGUUGAGUCUUCUCGAAUGGCUUCCGAGCGAUAUUCAAGACCGCAUUCUCGGUCUCGCUAGUGCCGAGGAACAUGAAUACCUUCUGUCCAGUGCCAGAAGCAUCAACACCAAGUCCGUCGGUUCCGAAGAAGAGCUUUACGGGAGGCUUUGGACGUUACAGGAAACGCUGCUCAAGCUUGGAUUCUCACCCGAACGGACCACGGAGGCCUUGAAGCAUGUCCUCUCAUACUUUGCAGGCGCUCCUGCCACAAGCGGUCGCGACAUUGCGUGGAAUCUGGAUGAAGCUUUGGAGUGGCUGGCAAUGCACAGUAAUAAGGAGGAUCUCCCAUCGUACACUCAGACAGUAGGACGGUCCCUCAAGGACGAGGACAGUGUCACCUCGUGGAUGAAUGACUUGGGCCUCUCCAGGCCGUCCUCUCCUAAGCCUCAAAAUAGCCAUCCGCAGGGCAAAAAACAGGCCGACUGGAAGGCCGCAAAGAUCUCCACGCCGAUCUCAUAUGACUCAGAUAGUUCUGUUGAUCCCGACAAUAUGGUGACGGAGUGGUUAGAUCUACAGACAAGGUUGUAUGGCCUUCAGCCCGAUUUAUUCGAUCGCCCCGGUAAGGGCAAGAAAGCUCGUGGACCCACUACAGAGUUGUCGGGUGAUCCCACGAUCGCAAGGUUGCAGCGUAAGACUGCUAAAAUCGAAAGGGAUGUGCUCUUUGAGGCGCAAGAGGCAGAGUUCAUGUGGAGGUCAAAACUCAACGAGCUCAGGAAGGACGCAACCUUCAUACAGCGCCCCACGGAGCCAAGGAAAAAAAUCCAACCACCUGUGGACACCGCGAAGGAAAGCGGCGAGGCUAUCACCGACGGUGACAGCUUAGAUGCGGAUGAUGACGCCGCCGGUCUUCUUGGAGGCAUGUUCGAGGCUGAUCCCAACGACGAAUCAAUACUGGGCCUUCCACCACCUGUCAUUGAGACCAAAUUCACGAUCCGCGAUUUUGGGAAAACUUCCGGUCUAAGCCCGCGGAGAGUCUUGGAAGAAUCUUGCAGAGCACGAGACUCGGCCUGCAAAGUUGUUUUUCAGGACAUCUCAACAUCCAGCCAUCAAUGUCGGAAGGCAUUGGAAGUUCGCUGGUCUAAACCUCAAGAAACACCAUUCCCUCUGGCAGUCGAGUCAGUUACCCACAAAUCGAAUUCGAUGGUGACCUUCAUUUCAAUGGACACUCUUGUAACACCAGAUGCGCAGCAGGCUGAAGGCUACGUGUCGACGCUAGCCCUGUUUAUUCUGUUCACAGUGAGUUCGAAAGAAGGCAAGGCCUAUCUGCGGAUUCCGGCAAUUUGGCGUGACCUGUGGACAGAAUUCUCGAAUAUGAAGAAAAAACAGGAGGAUGAUAUUGAUAAAGCUACCGUCAAAAAUUUGAAGCGUCUUGUUGACGAAAAUCAGACUACUAUUGAGGAUGAUGUCGUGCUACUGGACAAUUUCCGCAAAAGAAAUGGUACCGCAAGCAAGCCUGGCAGUCCCUUGAAAGGCUCCGCGCGUGGCGAUUAUUUCGGUCAGAUUGAACAGCUCCAAGAUAUCUGGCUGGCCAAAGCGGCUACUCCGGCUUUUCAACGCAUGAUGCAAGGUCGAAUGACUCUUCCUGUUUGGAAUUUCAGGGAGGACAUUUUGAGCACCUUGGAAACGCACCAAGCCCUUAUUAUUUGCAGUGAGACUGGCAGUGGAAAAAGUACACAGAUUCCCUCUUACAUUUUGGAACACGAAAUGCUCAAUGGUCGGCAUUGCAAAGUCUACGUGACUGAGCCUCGUCGAAUCUCCGCGAUAUCUCUAGCCCGGCGUGUGAGUGAAGAACUUGGAGAGAACAAAAACGAUGUGGGAACGAACAGGUCCCUCAUUGGCUUCGCUGUGAGACUGGAGAGUAAGGUCAGCUCGGCCACUCGUCUGGUAUAUGCAACUACCGGUGUAGUUGUGAGAAUGCUUGAGAGACCAGAUGACUUCAAAGACAUCACACAUGUGGUACUGGAUGAAGUUCACGAAAGGACAAUUGACAGCGAUUUUCUUCUGGUCGUUCUCCGUCGGCUGAUGCAGAAGCGGACGGAUCUGAAGCUCGUUCUCAUGUCAGCCACAGUCGACGCGCAACGAUUCUCAAAUUAUCUCGGAGGUGUUCCCAUCCUCAACAUUCCGGGUCGAACAUUCCCCGUUGAGAUGAAGUAUCUUGAAGAUGCGGUUGAAAUGACGAAAUACCGUUUGUUAGAGGACGAGCCGAAUCCCGUGAUGCAAGAUGAUGCCGAUGAGAUCUCCGACACUACAGGUGAGAACACUGGAGGAUUGCAGGCUAGUCUGGAUGGCUACUCGAAGCAAACCAAAGAGACCAUUUCAAGAUUCGAUGAGUACCGUAUGGACUACCAACUUAUCAAGAGGUUGCUCCUGAAAAUUGCCACUGCGCCCGAAAUGGAAGUGUACAGCAAGGCGAUUUUGGUGUUUAUGCCUGGUCUGGCUGAAAUCCGUCGUCUGAAUGAUGAAAUCCUCUCCGAGCCAACCUUCCAGUCGGGUUGGAUUGUGCACGCCUUGCAUUCGUCCAUCGCUAGCGAAGAUCAAGAGAAGGCGUUCAAUGUGCCCGCCGACGGGUUCCGAAAGAUUGUGAUCGCCACCAACAUCGCGGAAACAGGAAUCACGAUUCCCGACAUCACCGCGGUCGUGGAUACUGGGAAAGAGAAAAUGAUGCGUUUCGAUGAACGACGGCAGCUUUCUCGCCUUGUCGAAUCAUUCAUUUCUCGAGCCAAUGCCAAGCAGCGUCGAGGUCGUGCAGGUCGUGUGCAGAACGGCAUAUGCUUCCACUUAUUUACCAAAUUCCGUCAUGACAGUCUACUUGCCGAGCAACAGACACCCGAGAUGCUUCGCUUAUCCUUGCAAGACCUCGUGCUAAGAGUGAAGAUCUGUAAACUGGGAGAGGUGGAGCAAACCCUUACUGAGGCGCUUGACCCGCCGUCCUCCAAAAAUAUCCGUCGUGCAAUCGACUCCCUCAAGGAAGUCAAGGCCCUUACCAGCAACGAGAGCCUGACUCCAUUGGGCUCACAGCUGGCUAAACUUCCCCUUGAUGUCUUCCUCGGCAAAUUGAUCAUCCAUGGAGCGUUUUUCAAGUGCCUCGACGCCGCCGUCACGAUCGCGGCCAUUCUUUCCUCCAAAUCUCCAUUCGUCAAUACCAUGGGCUCGAACUCUCAGCGAGACUCCGCGCGUAAUUCUUUCCAAAGAGGCGAUUCUGAUCUGUUGACCGUGUACAACGCAUACUGUUGUUGGAAGCGCGCCAAAACCACUCCAGGCAUGAGUGAAUUCUCGUUUUGCAGGAAAAAUUGCCUCAGUCCACAAACGUUGCUCAGUAUUGAGGACGUCAAGAUGCAAUUAGUUGUCUCGAUCGCAGACGGCGGUCUCAUCACCCUUGACGCUGCACAAAAGAUGGCUUUGAAUAGAGCACGUUCCUCCAAUCGCAACCGGCAAUUCUUCACGAUUCCCGAGCAGCAUGACCUGAACAGCGGUAAUGAUGUCGUCGUCAAUUCUGUCGUAGCAUGGAGUUUCUACCCGAAACUCCUCGCUCGUGAAGGGAAGGGAUGGCGCAAUGUUGCAAACAACCAAACUGUCACGCUGCAUCCGACCUCCAUCAACAAGCGUGCCGACUCCGCGAUCAAAUGGCUUUCGUACUACCAUAUCAUGCAAGCCAAGAACCGAAAUCUCAAUGCGCAUGAUACGAGUGCGGUCGACGACUUUGCCAUUGCCCUGCUUUGCGGUGAAGCUGACUUCAAGCUUUAUUCUGGUGUGAUCUCGAUUGAUGCAAACCGCAUCCGCUUUGCAACCCACAAUUGGAAAUCGAUGCUGUCCUUGAAGAUCCUCAAUUCACGUCUGCGUGACACACUAGCAUCUACGUUCCGCAAUCCACACAAGCCACUGUCUUAUAAACAGCAGCAAUGGCUUGACAUAUGGCAAGAGGUGUUUGCGCUCGCCGCAAAGAAUUAG